AUGGGACGUUGCCGCCUGACUCCUUGGUUGGCACUUGGACUUGGCAGUGUAUUCGCCGCGAACCUUCCCACGCUGAAUUACCUGAAAUUGAAUGCAGAGCCCGAGCUUCUUUUGGAAGCGUUUGCAAAAGAGGGUAUUUUGGUGGUCCCUGGGGUGCCAGGAUAUGCUUCCGCAAGGACGGCAGCUCUUGAAUCUCUGGCACCUUGCCUAGGAAACGGAGGAAGAACCAAAGCUUUGAGGAGAUCACUAGCUGACGGAUCAGAAAGGCAUACAAUCGCAACAAGAACUCACGGCCACGCUUUGCAGCCAUUGUCUGUCGGAUGUCCAGACUUCGAGAGCAAGGCAGAUGUGCUCAGAGCAGUCGUGCAUGUGGCUCUGGCGGAGGUGUUGCGAGUCUGGGGUCAAGCGGGGAACGGAAACGCGGGAGUGGUUCUCCGCCAUGAUGCUGGUCAUGCGUACAGCAGCCUGGCGGAGGCAGCAUCAAGUGCCACACACCUCGAGCACUUCCACUUGUAUUCCCGCAAAGACGGUAGUGAUAGCAACUCCACUGCUAGUCUUGGCCUUCACACAGAUGCUGGCUUGCUCCUUGCCUUCACCUCACCCCUUUACCGAGCAGAGCAGGCCAGCGCGGCCAGCGGGGCUAGCGGGCUGCUCAUUCAGCGCAGCGCGGGGAGUUUAGAGCCCGUUGACCUUCCGGCUGACUCCAUCACCUUCGUGGUGGGUGAGGCAGCAAGCUGGCUGCCUUGGGCCAGCCGGCCGCUGCCUCACGAGCUUCGCCUGCCCCGUGUUUCAGAACGAGCAUGGUACGGUGUCAUGACACGGCUCCCGGAUGAUGCCGUGCAGGCCUCCGCAUUCAAUCCUGCAUCGCAUCAUCAACAGACAUUUGGCCAGUGGUGGGACAGGGCUGCCGAUGCAUCGGGAGAUAUGGUGGGUUGUGGCUCGGCCUUUGCUGCAGACCCGACCCACUCCUGUCCUGAAGGUCAGGCUUACUGCUGGAUGCAGUGCAUGACGCUGCCACCGGCUUGUUCAGAAAGUACAGCCAGGUGCGUGCAUCCAGACGGCACACCAUGGACAAAUCACACUGAGAUGUGCCCAACGUGCACGCUGACCUGUCCUGCUUUCCAGGGCUGGGAUUUUUGUGAUGAGUCGGCUGCAUCCGAUAUGAUCAUGCAAGGAUUUGUCAGCUAUGGUCUUACUGGCAACAAGAUGAAGCCAUGCGUAAUUCUUUUUUUCCCAGGUUGGGUCCUAAACACUUGGUGGAAGUUUUGGCUCGGGGCUGGAGCCGUGCUGCUGCUGGGCCUCACUGUUGAAUGGGUUUCUACCUUACAUGUAUCGCCAGAUCGCAAGCUGGGACAGUUGUUGCAAACCUCCUUGUAUUGUGCGCGGAUGACACUGGCCUACAUGGUAAUGCUGGCAACGAUGACAUUCUGCAUCGAAAUCUUUGCUGCCGCCAUUUUGGGGCUGGGGCUCGGACACGCAUGCUUUGGAAGCUGGAGGAAGGGGGCUCGGUUGAAUGGACCCUCCCUGUGCUGCAGCCAUGGCUCAAUUGACCUUAGGCGCAGACAGUCGCGUGACAUUCGAGUGACUCCCUGUCUGCAAGCAGAUGACGUUGUAAUGCUGCGUGUGGGCGGUAUGACUUGUGGAAGUUGUGCCCAGACUGUGACUCAUGCACUCGAGGGAUUGACGGGGGUGGUGUCUGCCCGUGUGACGCUGGGCCCAGCUGCAGAACCAGGAUUCGGACUUGGCUUGGGCACAGCAGAGAUAUGGGUGAAUGCAGGCUUUCCAGGAGUUGAUGCUGCGGUUGCUGCUGUCGAGCUGGUUGGGUUCGAAGCGCAGCCCGUACCGAAAGCGUGA